AUGCACAUCGAGGAGAUCAUCCUGGACGGCUUCAAGUCGUACGCGACGCGCACGGUGGUGAGCGGGUUCGACCCGCGCUUCAACGCCAUCACGGGGCUCAACGGCAGCGGCAAGUCGAACGUGCUGGACGCCAUCUGCUUCGUGCUGGGCAUCACCAACCUGUCGCAGGUGCGCGCCAACAACCUGCAGGAGCUCGUGUACAAGCAGGGCCAGGCGGGCGUGACCAAGGCCAGCGUGACCAUCGUGUUCAACAACCAGGACGCCAAGGCCUCGCCCGUGGGCUACGAGCAGUACGAGCAGAUCUCGGUGGCGCGCCAGGUCGUGAUCGGCGGCCGCAACAAGUACCUGAUCAACGGCCACACUGCCCAAGUGAGCCAGGUGCAGAACCUCUUCCACUCGGUGCAGCUCAACGUCAACAACCCGCACUUCCUCAUCAUGCAGGGCCGCAUCACCAAGGUGCUCAACAUGAAGCCGCCCGAGAUCCUCGGCAUGAUCGAGGAGGCCGCGGGCACGCGCAUGUACGAGAACAAGAAGCUGGCGGCGCUCAAGACCAUGGCCAAGAAGGAGAAGAAGGUGGACGAGAUCAACAGCAUCCUGGCCAACGAGAUCACCCCCACGCUCGAGAAGCUGCGCGCCGAGAAGACCCACUACCUCAAAUGGGCGGCCAACAACACGGAGAUGGAGCGCCUGCAGCGCUUCUGCGUGGCGCACGACUACCAGAAGGCGCAGGACGCGCUCACCAACACGGCGCAGCACGUCGAGAAGAUGCAGCAGGCCCAGCGCGCCGCCAAGGAGCAGGAGGAGCAGAUCGGGCAGGAGAUUGAGCAGGUCGAGGACGAGAUCGAGGCCCUGCACGAGCAGAGGGAGAAGGAGAUGGGCAAGGAGUUCCAGCAGCUCAAGGAAAACGUCGAGAAGAUCGGCAAGGAGGUUGUCAAGUUCACCACCAAGCUCAAGCACUGCAAGGCGUCCAUCGAGCAGCAGGUCAAGGCGGAAGCGGGCAUGAACGAGCAGCAAGCCGAGACGGAGCAGGCCAUGGCCAAGCUCGCCAAGGACAUCGAGAAGGCCAAGAAGAAGGUGAACCAGGUCGAGGAGACGUACACGGCCAAGGAGACUGAAGCCAACGACUACCAGCGCCAGAUCCAGGCGCUGAAUGCUGGUAUGGAGCAGAGCGGAGACAGCGAUGAGUCCCUGUCUGAGCGCCUUGCGGCCAAGCAGCGGGAACUGCAGGAGAACAACACCGCCAUUAAGCAGAUUAAUCUCAAGCUGAAGCACGCGGAGGAAAGUAUUAAGCACAAGCGUCGCGAGAUCGAGCAGACGCGUCAGAACAACCGCAGCAUGGACGAAGAGCGGAAGCGCAAGAUUGGAGAGUUAGAGCACAUGCAACACAAGGUUGACCAGCUUACUAGCAGAUUUAACCCUGACGAAGAGCGCCAGCUCCAUGACCGUGUUCGUGGACUGCAAGACCGCAUUAUGGACGGCGAGAGGGAGGUGGAUGAGAUCUCGUCGGGGCUGUCGUCCCGCCUGGAUUUCAAGUACACGGACCCGUACCGCAAUUUCGACCGAGAAAGCGUCAUGGGUGUGCUAGCCAACCUGCUGGAGACCAAGCACGAGUGGUCUGCGCUUGCCCUUGAAAUCGCUGCUGGCGGCAAGUUAUACCAGAUUGUGGUGGACAACGAGAAGACUGCGAAGGACAUUCUUAAGUUUGGCCGUCUCAUGAACCGCGUCACAAUCAUUCCGCUUAACCGUAUUUCACGCAAGACGGUUGAUCGUCGUAAGAUGGACAAGGCUCGGCAGGUGGCUGAUCAGCAAGGUGGCAAGGUGUGGGAGGCAAUGGAGUUGAUCCACUUCAAGCCGGACCUGCUGCCAGCGAUGGAGUACGCUUUUGGCUCCUCAAUUAUUUGUGAGACGAGCGAGCUUGCCAAGAACGUCACCUUCCACAGGGACAUCAAGGUCCGAACGGUAACUCUUGAUGGUGAUUCGUACGAUCCAGCUGGUACACUUCAAGGAGGUUCUGCACCCUCCAGCGGCACUCCAAUCCUGCUGAAGCUUCACCAUCUUAUCAACCGCACGAGGGAACUCAGUGACAUGAGACGGGAGCUGCACGAUGCCUCCCGAGCCUUGGAUGCGAUGAAGCAGGAUUCCGGGCACUUUCGUCAGUUAAAACACCAGAUUGAGCUGAAGGAGCACGAGCUUCGUUUGCUUGACGAGCGUAUUGCUGACAGUGUCUUUGCGCAGUUGGAACGCGAUGUUGUUGCAUCAGAAGAGCAAUAUGCUCAGGAUAAAGAACUUCUGAUCACGAAGAAGGAGGCUGUUGUUCAGUUCACCAAGGAAGUGAAGAGUCUGGAUGCGGAUAUCGCCAAUCUCAAGGAAUCGCGUCAGUCGAAGAUUGGCGUCCUGGAGAAGCGCUUUGCAGAGGCGAAGAAGGAAACGCAAAAGAUUGGUGUACAACUCAAAAAUGCCCAGCAGGAGCUGUCCGAGCUGGUUCUAGAGUCAGAGUCGGCUGAACAGGAGCUUGCGGGCAAUAACGAAAGCGUCUCAGGUAUUCAAAAAGAGCUUGCCGCGCUCCGUAAAGAGGAGAAAAAGGUGGAGAACAAGCUCGCUGAGGUCCAGGAGACUUACGAGAAGGCAUCGCAGAAGCUGGAGGAACGUCGGAGCAAUUUGUCGCUGUGCGACCAGCAACUGAAGGAGUUGAGUGCUCGUCAGAGUGCGCUUUCCAAAAAGAAGAGCGACCUCGAGAUCGAACGUAAGAAGGCGGAGCAUAAGAUUUCUCGCAUGGCCAAGGACGAGAGCGACGCCAAGAUGAUGGUGAAGAAGUUGGAGAAGGCACACCCAUGGAUUGAGACUGAGAAGGAAUUCUUCGGCCGCGAGCACACUGACUAUGAUUUCCAGCGACGGGAUCCCUCCAGCGCCAAUCGCCGCCUGCUUGAGCUGAAGGAAACACAGGGUGCGCUGUCCAAGAAGAUCAACAAAAAGGUUAUGGGUAUGAUUGAAAAGGCUGAGCAGGAGUACCAGGGUCUGAUGAAUAAGCGCCACAUUAUCGAGAACGAUAAGGAAAAGAUCACGUCGGUUAUCAAGGAACUCGACGCAAAGAAGAACGAGGCCCUCAAGACUACAUGGGUGAAGGUGAACAAGGACUUCGGCUCCAUUUUUGGUACACUCCUACCUGGAACCCACGCAAAGCUGGACCCGCCAACAAACGGAACCAUCUUGGAUGGCCUCCAAGUGCGUGUGUCCUUCGGUGGCGUGUGGAAAGAUAGUUUGACGGAGCUGAGUGGUGGCCAGCGCUCAUUACUCGCUCUGUCACUCAUUCUGUCGCUGCUGCUAUUCAAGCCUGCGCCGAUGUACAUCCUGGAUGAAGUCGACGCCGCUCUGGAUCUGUCGCACACCCAGAACAUUGGCCAGAUGAUCCGGUCACACUUCUCACACUCGCAGUUCAUUGUUGUGUCGCUCAAGGAGGGAAUGUUCAACAACGCCAAUGUCGUAUUCCGGACCAAGUUCGUCGACGGUGUUUCUACAGUUACUCGCACGGUCCCGAAGUCCCGGGCUCGGUAA